AUGGCAACCAUCGAGCAUCCCACCAUCAAGGAUGGCUGGUUCCGCGAGAUCUCCGACAUGUGGCCCGGCCAGGCGAUGACGCUCAAGGUCAACCAAGUACUCCAUCACGAGAAGAGCAAGUACCAGGACGUUCUGAUCUUCGAGUCCACCGACUACGGCACCGUUCUCGUUCUCGACAAUGUCAUCCAAUGCACCGAACGCGACGAGUUCUCAUACCAGGAAAUGAUCACACACCUCGCCAUGAACUCGCACCCGAAUCCUGAGAAGGUUUUGGUCAUUGGUGGUGGUGAUGGGGGUGUCCUUCGUGAGGUUGUCAAGCACGACUGCGUGAAGAAGGCUAUCCUCUGCGACAUCGAUGAGGCUGUCAUCCGUCUGUCCAAGAAGUACUUGCCCGGCAUGUCGGUCGGCUUCAACCACCCCAACGUGGAAGUCAUCGUUGGCGACGGCUUCAAGUUCCUUGAGGACAAGAAGAACGAGUUCGACGUGAUCAUCACUGAUUCUAGUGACCCCGAGGGCCCAGCGGAAGCCCUCUUCCAGAAGGCAUACUUUGAGCUUCUCAAUGGUGCACUCCGGGAAGGUGGUGUAAUCACCACUCAAGGUUCUGAGAACCAAUGGCUCCACAUGCCCCUCAUUGCCAACCUGAAGAAGGCCUGCAAGGAGGUGUUCCCGACCGUCGAAUAUGCAUACACCACUAUCCCGACCUACCCUUCAGGCCAGAUCGGCUUCAUGGUCUGCUGCAAGGACGCCAACCGCGACGUCAAGAAGCCGCUGCGCUCUUGGUCCACUGAAGAGGAGGAGAACCUGUGCAAGUACUACAGCAAGGAGAUCCAUGAGGCGGCAUUCGUCCUGCCCACUUUCGCGCGGAAGGCCCUACGAUGA